UUUGUAUCUAUUUCUUCAAGAAUUGUGUUCUUGAAGGAGCAUCUGAUUUCUUAAAAAAUAAAUAUAAAAUAAAAUAGCUGAGUUUUAAAUACAUAUUUAAACUGGUCAUCUUUGAUCAGCUUUUUUUUGUAGUGAUUUUACAAGUGCCCUGCUGUGAAGCAGUGGCUGUCAAUCAGGUCAUUUGUUGCAGCUGCGUCACUUCAGUGCACACUCCCAGCCCAGUUCAAAUCCAGGGGCUUCUGUGAGGAGCUCACGUCAGCUUCCCUGACAUUCUUUUUCUUUUCUUUUUCUACAUAUAUAUUUUUUUAAAAAUAUAUAUAUAUUAACACUUCUGUUGUUUUUUUGUGUGACAUGCCUGCCUUUGAGGAGGAUCCUGCUCUUUUGUCCAAAUCCAGACUCAUCUCACACCUGGUUUUCCACAAUGUCAAGCUGCCGCCUACCAAGAGCAGAAAAGUGGUCUAUGUGGAGUUGUACCAGCGACACAUCAAACAGAGAAAAGAAGUGGAAUUCUCCAGUGAGAAGGAGGAGGAGGAGGAGGCAGAGGAUUUGGUGGAAAAUGAACACGUGAGUCACUCAAGAGUUCAGCGCGACGGCACGAAUCCAGAAGCCUCAGAAGUACCUGAUCCAAGUUCCCUGACGGACCGUGACCUCAAGGCCGAACUGCUCAAACACGGGGUUACAGCCGGACCCAUCGUCGCUAGCCUCCACCCGGACCUUGUACGAGAAGAAGCUCCGCAGGCUGCAGGUGUCGGAUGGUCACGAGCCGCACCGGGGGGACGAUCCUUUUGUAUCUUUCAGACUCAAGCCGGAUCACACACACCAACAGACAACGAUUGCUCCACUGUUUCCUCUCAAGCAUUUAGCAUUACUCAAAUGGUCGAAGAGAUGGAGAAUCGGAAAUCACUCUCCCGGAGUGUAAGUGGUGAAAGAGAAGUCAGUUGGAGCGACAGGCCGGAACAUUGUUCACGGUCCAAGAGGCUGGACGAACCUGUUUUGGAGAGCCGUACUACAAAGAACCACUCUCUGUACCUCACCCCUAUUGCAUCCCCUUGCAACCAGGAAAAGAAGGAGCUGGUGAAAGUCAACCGUCAGCACUUGCCUGCUGAGACCACAACCAAUUCCAGACCGGUCCUAAAUGCAACGUGCCGCAGACCCAUCAAGUGGGCAGCAAUGCAUCCCAUGCAGCGAAAAUACCCGGACACACCCGUCAGUCCAAGGACGUGGGAAAAACAAGAGAUAGAUCGUCGACUGGUUCCCAUCCAUGUACAGAUUUUCUUCUUCCUCGCUGUGAUGUGCCUUCUGUACCUCAGUUACACUUGGGCAUAGGACGACAGCCUAAGUCCCUUUGUGGCCCUGCUGGACAGUCUAGACCUGGGGUCCAAUGACGAGCAGGGACUUUCCCUUCAAGCUGAGGCCCAAGAUGUUUUCAGAAUGAGAGUGAUGUUUUUUUCUGUUUAUUAUGCCUAAUGUCUUACGUCUUCUCCAUAACAUUUCAUUUCCUACCUGGGUUUACUUUUCUUAAAACAAUAUUUAAUGUUUAGCUGAAGACUGUGUGAUGUGUAAAUAUUGUUAAUUAAAUAUGCAUUCCACGUAUUAUAAUGUUUCAGUAAGUCACAGAUGGUCUGUUAUGUCUUUUUAAUACUUUAAUAUAUUCCAAUAAAGUUUGCUUACUAAA